AUGGAAGAUAAAUUCUCAUGGAUUGUUGGUUUAAAAGUUUUAAUUAAAACUACCUCCAAUGACGAAUUCGAAGGUGAAGUUUUCAACUAUGACCCAGUUACAACUUGUAUUACACUUUUGAGUGAUGAAUCAACAUCAGCAGUUAUUACACAAAAGAGAACAGUUAGGGUUUUAUUAGAGUCAUCAAUUGCUGAUAUUAAAUGCCUUUCAUUACCAACCAAUACAGUUCCAAAUGUUCAAUCACCAACCAACAAGCCACAACCAAAUAUCAGUAGUAAUAAUGUUGAUUUAACUUUACCACCAAUAAAUGUACAAUUAAUUAAUAAAAAGCAAGAUGAAAUUAUAAGAAAGGCAACUCAACAAGCAAUGAAGAUUGGUGUUGGUGUAACCUCCGAAGCCCAAGAAAUUUUUAAUUCUUUAUCAAAAACUUUACCAUGUACAUGGUCAGGUGAUAAUAUUAUUGUUUUAGGAGAAAUUAAAAUCUCAAGUCCAUAUAAUAUAGAUAAUUGUACAGGCCCAGAAAAUAGUAAAUCACUUGAUAGAGUGAAAAAAGUUUUACAAGCAGAAAGAAAAAAAUUAAAUAAAUAA